CUGGGGAGAGACCAUCCUUUUGUCUUCAGGCUAGUCUUAGGGGGCCAACAUGAACAAGUCCCCCCUCCCCAAGUAAACAACAACACCAUGCCUCACUUCCCUCCAACAACCCCCCUCCUCAUCAUAUCCCUCCUCUCUUCUCUGGUUCUCGCCAAUGUAGAGAAGGCCAUCUUUCUCGGCCCCUCCUCUCCCCCCUCGGAAAAGGAAACUGUCAUAAAAGAUGACCAGGCAGCACAGCGAUGGCUAGACACCAAACUCCACCACAUCCACACUCUCACACCCACCCCGAGUGAUCGGUCUUCACUCCGGACCCGGUUAAACCGUGUCUUCCCAUCCGCCGACCACCCUCGCGGGGAAGAUGCAUGGUUUCUUUUGGAGGGGUUGACGGACAGGCAGAGGUAUGAAGUGAGAGUUUGUUGGGCUGCUACGCAACCAACAAACUUUUACAUGGAAACUUACACCCCCAAAGAAGUCAUCACUACCCCUUACCUCGCAGGAUCCUUAAUGGAAUACUUGCCAGCCGUCUCACCACAGUCACAGCACUCUGGUGGAUUAUCAUCAUCGCACUCCUCCUCCUCCUCCUCCUCGGCCGGGGCUCUCCUCCUCCACAUAUCCGCCGCAGCAGAUUACUUCACCUCCAACGCCAGUCUCAUGCUUCACCCACCGCCGGUGGACGUGGACAUCAUCCUUGACCCGUUCCUGUUCAACGUGCUUCCUCGGUCGUUGGUGCCGACGAUUGGUUGGAUCAUUGUCGUUGCUGUGGCUGGAUGGGUAGUCUCGAAGAGAGUGGUUUCCUUUCUGGUUGGAGACAUUGUGUCGAGCGGGAUGGAAGCUGAGGAGGUGGGUGAGGGUGUGGAGGAGAAUAAGAAGGAGAGAUAGGACUGAAUGAAGAGAGAUAGACAGGCGAAGAGGGCGAUCUGAAGGUGGUAGUAAAAGGGAAAAAAAGAUAAUGGACGUGAUAUCCUUGAGA